GGAGCCGCUGAGCUCUGUGUCUGUGCGCUGCAGCCCGCAUGACUGCUGCUCUAUGUCGACGAAGCUUUUGGACACACACACACACACACACACACACACUCAACCUGUCUGACCGGGACUUUGAUUUCUGUGGACGUGUCGGUGUAAUGUCGCCGCUGCUGAGGACGCGCAGCUGAACGUGAAUCUCGUGGAUCCAGCCUGUGGAGAGGAGAGGUGAACAGCACCUUGCAUCCAGCCAUGGGAGGUCAGAUCACCAGAAACAACUUCUACGAUUCUCUGAACGGCCCAUUUCCAGUCACAUCCCACCGAUGCCACCACAGGCCAAAGCGCUGCCUGCCCAUCCAGCCAUGCGGGAGUUUGUCUGCCUUCCCUCUGCUUUUCCACCCAAGCACCAAGGGCUCGCAGAUCGCCAUGGACAUGUCUCAGAGGACCGUGAAGAGACAGGGCAGCUUCUGUAACGCCAUCACCUUCAGCAACAGGCCUAUCGCUGUGUACGAGCAGGUUCGGCUAAAGAUCACUAAAAAGCAAUGCUGCUGGAGUGGUGCCUUGCGUCUUGGUUUCACUACCAAAGACCCGUCAAGGAUCAACCCGGACACCUUGCCGAAGUACGCCUGCCCCGACCUGGUGUCCCAGAGCGGCUUCUGGGCUAAAGCCCUGCCAGAAGAGCUUUCCAAUGAGGGAAACAUCAUCUCCUUCUGGGUCGACAAGAAAGGCAGGGUGUUCUACCGGAUCAAUGACUCCGUCCCAAUGCUGUUCUUCAGUGGGGUGCACGUCUCUGAACCUAUGUGGGCUCUUAUUGACGUCUACGGGCUCACAAGGGGGGUCCAGCUGCUAGACAGUGAGAUGGUCCCCCUGGACUGCAUGCGCCCUCAUUCUUUUGCUACCGCCCACCGGGCCUCCAUUCAGCGAAACAGUGAUGACCCUCGUCUCUCCAUCAGCCUGUGUGACCUCAGCCUACAGCAGCAGGAGGCACAUCUGGAGGAAGAUGACGAGGAAGAGGACCGGCUACAACCCUUAAGCUCCACCUCCUGCCAUGUGCCCCAAAACUCUCAAAACUCUCAGCAGUGCUCGCUGCUGCCCAGCCAUUUGGACACUGAUCUGCACUUCCACUCGGUGCAUGGUGUCCAUGUUACAACGCUUGAUAAGCACACAGUGGCCCGGCUCGAUCACCGUGGCGACGAGAGGACCCUGGUGUUCACCAGCCGCCCGAUGCGCUGCUCAGAGACUGUGUUUGUAAAGGUGAAAGCAGGUGUCACACGGCCAGGGUGUCUCUCUUACGGUGUGACAUCAUGUGACCCGGCCACCCUGAGGCAGAGUGACCUCCCAUCCAACCCAGAGUCGCUGGUUGACCGCAAGGAAUUCUCUGUGUGUAGAGUGGGGAUGCCACUACACAGUGGAGACAUCUUGGGCUUUGUAAUGAAUGCAGAAGGGGAGGUCAUGAUGAGCCAGAACGGCAUCAGUGCAGGGAUGCAGCUGUGUGUCGAUAACUCCAGGCCUUUGUGGAUGUUCUACGGUCUGCAUGGGACAGUCUCACAACUCAGGAUUUUAGGCUCAUCUUCACACCCAGACCUUCGAGGCCCAUCGGUUCCCAGCUCUCCAUCCUGCACACCUAACACCCCCACAGUGCUUUGCAGUGGAAACUCAGAUCACAACCUCAACAUGAACAUCAACCUCAAUUCAAGCCUCAAUGCCAACUACAACGCAGUCUUCUCUUCAUCCACAGGUACAACCCCAAGCUCUCCAUUCUCCAGCCAGCCAGAGUCACCAACCUUUCCGUCCAGCUCCGGCUCUUGGAGUGACGAAUGCACCAUUUGCUACGAGAAUGUGGUUGACACUGUCCUUUAUGCCUGUGGACACAUGUGUCUCUGCUAUGCCUGUGGCCUCAAGCUAAAGAAGAUGGCCAAUGCGUGCUGCCCCAUCUGCAGGAGGACAAUCAAAGACAUCAUCAAGACCUACAGGAGCACGUAGGACUGUGAUAGAAAACUUGUCAAAUAGUCAGGUUAAGCUCAAAAGUUUGUCAAAGCCAUUUUGGACUUUUUAAAAAGAGAGACGCAGCACAAGCGAAACUCACGCUAGUUUCUGUGUGCGAUCUGGCUCAGGUACUCUACAGCAGGACUUUAACUCCAUCAUUUAAACAUUUUAUCUCGGUUAUAUCGAAGGUACAUCCUUGAAAAGCUCACGUUAGUUCCUACCUUUGACUCGCAAUGACAUUCAUCAACCCAUUAAGAAAUCAGUGUGAUCAUUAGAAACCAAAUAUGUGCUACUUCAAUGACAAUAAGGACCAAACACAUCAGACUUUGACUCACUGUAGUAUUAUUAUCCAGGGACUUGGGAUCUGUGUGUCUGUGAAAAGAGAAAGUAAUCCAAAGAGACAUUUGACCUACUUACCGCAGAGUAAAGGCAUGGUAGCUCAUGCACAAAGGCCGGCAAAUGACCAUCAUCCGCUGAAGCAAAAUUCGUAUCUUGCCGUGCUGAAUGUGGGCAAUGCCAAGUGGGGUCAAGAGAAGCUUUACUGGUCAAAGUUUACCAACUCUAUACUUUCUUUGCAGCUAUUUGAAUUUUCUUUGCUUACAGAUGCACCUUUUCAUUGGUCCCUUUGGUCGCCAUGGAAGAGAACAAACAAAUAUUCACCAAUGUUGGUUUCUGAAGAACGCAAGUUGUCCAGGCUGCAGAAAAUAACAAGGAAAUGAAUGUGUGGUUUCAAUAGUUACUACACAUCUGCUUGUCAAAGAUUACUGGGUUAAAAGUGUUGUUAAGAGUAGAAACAAUGUCUCUCUUAAUCUGAACGACAGCCAAGAAAAUAUCUUUUGUUUGACUUUUCCUGAAUGUUUCCAAAAGGGCAAUGAAGAAUGAAUUAAAGGAUAACAAAGUUAAUAUUCUCCACACUUCCAAAAUAAGCCAUUUUUGAAUGCAGAUAAUAUUCCCCUCCGACAUAUAAAACACAGUAAAAUGCCAAAACCUGAAAGGGUAACUAAAUCCUUAAAGUAUGUGGAAUAAAGGAAGUGCAUUUUCUUUGUAAUAUAUUUUUUUGGAGGAUAACUAGCUGACUGCUGCAGUAGUCCUAUAAACUUCAAGCAGGGUGAGAUUUUGCUAAGAGUGAAAAAGUGUUGUCACCAUAGAAGGUCACGCUUCCAGCUGAAUGAGCAUGAGAAUUUGUGAUGAGGGAGCGAGGGAGGAGGUCGGAGAGAGGAUGUCGUAUGUUUGGGAUGGAGAUGGGGAAGGAAGGGCCACCUUUGUUAUGCAUCUGCGCAUAGUCUCACACGAAGAAGUGGUGGCUGACUCGUACAAACUAGAUACAUCAGAAGUUUGUGUGAAAGCCUGUAAAAUGUGGGACUUGAACAGGUUUGUAUGUUCCAAUGCUUGGCAGACAUCCUGGGUGUCUCUGGCUGCUCAGUGAGCCUUCUGGAUGCUGUAAUUGGAAAAAAAUCAUUGAGAAAAAAAACAAAAAACAUUGGUGGGCAGAGGAGUAUUUUUAAAAUGCUGAAAUAGCACACAGGGAUAUGAAAUCAACCUUGUUCUCAUUGUAAGGAAUCUAUAAAACACUGAGCCACAGAUGGCUUGGCAUCUUCAGGUUACACACGUCUUUCAUAUGUACAAUAAAUAAGAAUUUCUGCUUUCAUUUGUAUUUCAUUUCACAGUGGAAAUUUACCCAUGUGCAGUCAGUGACAAGGCUGUAGCUUGUUAUUGUAGGACAUUGAAAGAAUUUCUUUGCAUAUCAGUCACUCAUCAGUGCUGCUCUCUGUCAGUAAAAGCAUACUCCAAGGACGUUUUCAGUUGACUAAUCUUAUGCAUUAUGUACUGCUUUUGAAUCGUUAAGAAGCUAUUUUCAGUUGUUAUUUUGGCCUUGCCGAACACUACUCAGUAAUCUGUAAAGUAGUACAUGCUGAUUUGUUCUUUUCAAGGUGUUGAAGCCUGUCAUCUCGCCACUUUAGAGGUAAAAUUUGCAGUUAUGUUGUACAUUUGUUUGGGUAACAGUAAGUUUCCAUAUGUGCCUUUUGAAAAAGAGAAGUCUGGACAAGAUCUGGUCUGCUAGGCUCCUCACCGAGAACUAGGAAAAAACACUGAGGUUCGCAAUCAACUAAAAGUCACUCUUAUGUGGUUGUGAUGUGAGCUGGCAUAACCACAUAACCUACCAACACAGAGCUGUCAUGUUUGACGAUGAAAGUACUGCCUUGUCCCCUCAGUCACUGCAUUUUAUAAUACUGGAAUUUUGUUGCUUUGCCUUUACAGUUAUACCUGUUAGGAUUUUCCUCAGACCAAAUCUGACUUGGCAUAUGAAAAUUGCGCAAGAUUUUUGAUAGAAAAUGGUAUUGAUGAGUGUAAUAUCACUUGUACAUUAUGAGGUUUAUUUAUUUUGUCAAUGCUACUAUAAAGAAUUAUCACUGUUUGUUUGAUACGUAAGGCUUAAGUGUCCAAAAAAGUAGGACUUUUCUCUACUCUAUUGUUGCAUAGUUAAAAGUUAUAGAACAGUUUAUACCCCUUUAAGGCUUAGCAAAUCUGUCAGCUUAUUUUCACUGAAAGGAAUAGUUUGACAAAUUGGAAAAUAUGAUUCAUUACCAGCUGGAGUGGAGAGAAUGUAACUCAUUAUUGUCAUGCUGCGUGCACUUAACUGCAACAGUAUUUAUAUAUUGUAAAUAAUUAUGCAUUUUUCUGAUGGGAGGAUUUUAACUUUUGAUACAUUUUGUUGUUUUAUGUUAGUAGCCUACUUUUACAUUUUAAACACAGGACUUUUAGCCUACUUGUAGUGAAGUAUUUUCGUAUCGUGGUAUAAGUGUACUACUUGUACUCAGAGUAAUUGAUAUUUUUAUUGUGUUGAGUAACCAUUUGAUAGCAGUGUGACAAUGUUAAAGGUAUACAUCUGCACCUGAAUCAGCUAUCUUUACUCAAAACAACAAGUAAGACUAACUAGCUAAUAAUGUGGAGCAUCUGCUAGCUAAAGAGCAAGAUAUUUCUCUGGAGAGUUGGAAUAAAAAAUAAAUCUUGCAGAGAGUUAAUAUUGAGCUUAAAUUCAUCAGAAGGAAGAACAAGACACAAAAAAGUGCAUUAAUGACACUCUGUUUCUACAACUUGUGUUAAAAUUAAAGAAUUUCUUGCUAACAAGUUUGCUAAAUCAAUUUAAAAAGGCAGUGAAUGUUGGUGUUUAGUUCACAACGUCUGUCCAGAAAAAUAUCAGCAAAUUCAAGUAAAGGUUGUAUCAAGAAUCUUGCUUCUUCCAACACUUUCACCUUCAUAUCUUUCCGCCAACUACGAAGCUAAACUGCCGGCUAACGUAAAUUAAGCUAACAGGUCGGUACAAAGGGUACUAGUCCUUCCAAAGCGCUCAAUCAAUUACUUCCUGGAGUCUCUGUUGCCUGUCAACGGGUCUCUGCGGACAUUUUUUUUUGUUCAUUUCUUCAUUUAAGCCUCCUGUUAUGUUCCUUUCUCUGGAACAGCAAAAAUGUUCCUGGGUCAAUUUGACCCGGGGCAUAGUCAAUUAUCCAAAAGUGUCAGAACCCAAAAAAUCCCAAUGCAAUUUUUUUUUUAAAUCUAAUUUUUAACUUCAUUACUAACCAUUUAAAUCAAGAUUUGGUCCAUUGGUGUUCUUUAAUUCUCACAGAUCAUGGUUCAAUGAGGAUAACUCACUCGUUUUUCAUUCAAAUUCAUGUUAAAACUUUUUUUAAAUGUAGUUUUACAUGAUGUAUAUUUUUGUUUAUUUUAUUUUAAAUUUAAUUUUUUUUUAUUUUUAUGAAGUGAUAUUGAUAAAUUAACAUGAUUCGUCUUCUGUCACAUGCUGCCCAGAUUUUUAUGCUGCAUUUCGCAGGUUUGGAAGGCAUAUAUUGCCUAAAAUAUACUUUUAAAAGGGUCAAUUUGACCCACAACAUAACAGGAGGUUUAAAGCAGUUCAUUUUCUUACUUUUUUAAAAAAACAUAAAAGUGAGAUAUAACCUCUGAAUGACCAAUACAAACAGGAACUUAAAAUUAUGCCGUUACCUUUGAACAGAUGACAUCUGCAUCCUGUUUACUGAUUUUAUGUUAGCUAACCAAAUGCUGGAUGUGGAAACUAACUGGACAAAUAAGAGAGUGGUCCUUUCCCUCAAAUUCUCUACCAUAAAGCAAAUAAGAAUAUUUCCCAAGGUGUCAAACUACUGUAAGCUCAUGUGCUAAGAUAUGGUGUUACAUGGUAGUAAAAUGUAUUGGCAUACUAUUAGUCAUAUUUUAUUUGUCCUGCUUGUACAUAUUUAAAUUCUAUCAUGAAUUUGUGUGGAGUCGUUUUAAUUAGCCUGAAAGCCUGUUUUUCAAAUGUGACCAAUUAUUUGCAGUCACUGUGUAUGACAGACAAGAAAAACAAAUAAGAACUCCAGUGUCCUGAGGUUGGGAUUUCUAAUGGUUGUUGAAACUCUAAAAGAUAAAUUAUGUUCAGUUGGUUAAAUAAAGUUGAAGUCUGAA